UCCCCCGGCCCCGGGCGGACCCCAGCGGUCGCCCUACCCCCGCUAUGGCCGCGCCGGUGACGCGGCAGGUCAGCGGCUGCGCGGGUCCAGUCCUGACCCCAACCGGCUCGGACACAGAACCCGGGCAGCCCCUAGCAGCUGCCGUGGCUGAUCUGCCGGUGCUGGAUGCAUCCGGGAGACGGGUGUCGUUCGGCGCGCUUUUCCGGGAGCGUCGGGCCGUGGUGGUGUUCGUGAGGCAUUUCUUGUGUUACGUCUGUAAAGAAUAUGUCGAGGAUCUGGCCAAAAUCCCCAAGAGCUUCCUCCGAGAAGCGGAUGUCACCCUCAUAGUGAUUGGGCAAUCAUCGUACCAUCAUAUUGAGCCUUUCUGCAAACUGACUGGAUAUUCUCAUGAAAUCUAUGUUGAUCCUGAGAGAGAAAUUUAUAAAAGAUUGGGAAUGAAAAGAGGUGAAGAAAUUUCCUCCUCAGGACAGAGCCCCCACAUAAAAUCCAACCUGCUUUCAGGAAGCCUUCAGAGCCUGUGGCGGGCAGUCACUGGCCCGCUUUUUGAUUUCCAAGGAGACCCAGCUCAGCAAGGCGGAACCUUCAUUUUAGGUCCAGGUAACAGCAUCCACUUUGUGCACCGAGACAGAAAUAGGUUGGAUCACAAGCCCAUAAACUCUGUUUUACAGCUUGUGGGAGUUCAGCCUGUGAACUUCAUGAGCAGACCUACAGUUAUCCAUGUGUGAAUGGGCCCUUGAAACGUGAGACAAAAUACCAGGCUUCAUGAGAUUAUGAAAAUAAAACUCAUGUGCCUAUAGAAUUAUAUUGAGAGGCAUCAGGAAAAAGCAUUUUAAAUUUUAUAGCCUCUAUAAUUAUUCAUUCAAUGAAAGAUUUUUGGCAACUAAAAUAUAAGAAGGGGGCUGGAAAGAUCACUUCGUGAUUAAGAGCACUUGCUUCUCUUGCAGAGGACCUAGGUUUGGCUCACAAUCAUCUGUAGCCCCAGUUCUAAGGUAUCCAACACCUUCUUCUGGCCUUGGGGACCAGGUGCACAUGUGGUAAACAUGCAUAAAUGUAGGCAAGCACAUGAAAGAAGGAUAAAUAAAUCCUAUAAAACUACAUACAUAUGUGCAUACAUGCAUGCAUGUAUGAAGGAAGGGAAGAAUGGGCCAGGUAUGAUGGCACAGGUUUGUAAUCCUAACACUGAGAAAUGGGACAAGAAUUCAGCCUGCCCAAGCAAUGGGUGGUACACACCUUUAAACCCAGUGCUUGGGAGGCAGAGGCAGGAGGAUCUCUUGUGAGUUCGAGGCCAGCCUGGUCUACAGAGCUAGUUCCAGGACAGGAUCUAAAAGCUACAGGGAAACCCUGUCUCUAAAAACCAAAUAAAUAAAUAAAAUAACAAAAAGCAAAUAAAUGUACAGCCAGAUGUGGUGGUGCGUGGGGAGGAGGCAGGAAUUCUAGAACAGACUUACAUUUCUAGAUACCUGCUUUUCUCACCCCCAAAUCUGUCUUAUUUAGAAAACUAUUGUCAUAUUUUACUUUUUAAGAAUUUUAGUUUGGCCAGGCAGUGGUGGCACACACCUCUAUUCCCAGCACUCAGGAGGCAAAGGCAUCUCUUCAAGUUGGAGGUCAGCCUGGUCUACAGAGCAAGCACCAGGAUAACCAAGGCUAAAUAGACAAACCCAGUCUCAAAAACCAAAGGAAGCAGGGGAGAAUCUUAGUUUUUUUUUGUUUGGUGUUUUUGUUGUUGUUGUUGUUGCUGUUGUUGCUUUUUCUAUUCUUUGAGACAAGGUUUUUCUGUAUAGUCUUAGCUGUUCUGGGACUCCUGCUCUGUAGACCAGGCUGACCUAGAACUCAGAGAUCUGCCUGCCUUUGCCUCACAAGUGCUAGGAUCAAAGGUGUGUGCCACAACCACCCAGCUAAGAAUCUUAGUUUUGUCUCAGAAAUUCUCAAGAAAACUAUCUCAAAAUCAAAAUAUUGAUAAUUCUUAGCAACUGUAAUACUACUAUGACCUUAUACUUUUAUAUAAGCAUAUUAACUCACAAAACUAUUUAAUGUAUUUUCACACAAAUAUAUAUGGACAGUCAUGGUUUUAAAUCAAUAAAUUUAAAAUUAAAUUUUUUUGCUA